UUUUUUUUUUUUUUCCUUUUCAUCAAAUAAAUCCUCGAAUAAAAAUAAAUCUUCAAAUAAAUCUUCAAAUAAAUCCUAAAAUAAAUCCUCGAAUAUAUCCUCGAAUAAAUCCUCUCGAGUAAAUCCUCUUGGGUAAAUUCUCUCGAAUAUUUCCUCUCGAAUAUAUCCUCAUCAUCCUAAUAAUGAAGGUUAAACAACUUGGUGAAGAUUGUCUUAAAGGAAUUUUUGAAUUUACUUCGGAUGAUAAGAUUACUUUAUAUUCAUGUUUAAAAGCUAAUAGGGCAUUUUGUAAAAACGUGGUACCAAUAUUAUGGAGAAAUCCUUGGAUUAAUUCAUCAAAUUAUUAUGAUGAUACAAUAUUUUGGAAAUUAAUUGGAAAGACUAUUCUUAAAUGUCUUCCAAAAGAAUCUAAAGAAAAUCUUUAUAAGAAAGGGUUAAGAUUAAAUCCAUCAAUUACUGAAUUACCAUUAUUUAAUUAUGUUUCAUAUUGUCAAUCACUUUCAGAUAAAAUUAUACAAAAAUUAGUUGAUAAUAUACUCGAUGGUUAUAAUUGUGAUCAUUAUGAUUAUAAAUCAAUAAUUCAAGAAGAAUUUUGGAAGUUAUUUUUAAGACAAAGUUUUAAUAUUAAAAUUCUUAAACUUCCUUCAUUUAAAAUUUUUGAUCUCCCAGAUUCAAGAGGUCGUUUAUCAAAUAUUACAACAUUAGAAUGUGACACUUCACUUCCUUCUGAAUAUUUUUUAGAAAUUCCAAAAUAUUGUAAUUCAGUAAGACGAAUUGAAAUUUUUAUGAAUUUUAAUAAUUUUAAUGAAGGAAUUGAAUCUCUUAUUCUUACUCAAAAUAAUCUUAGAGAAUUAAAAUUUAGAGCUAUUGAAGAUAAAAAAUUUAAAUUUAAAAAUAGUAAAACUAUAGAAUUUCUUUCAAAUUCUUUAAAAUCAAUAGAAUUUGAAAAUAAGGUUUGUCUUUCUUCCCAAAUCUUUUCUUCUUUUACUAAUUUAACUGAAUUACAUAUAAAUCUUAAAAAUUUUGAUUAUUGUGGUUUAUAUUGUUUAAAAGAUAUUAUUAUCCCUCAAUUAGAAGUUUUAGAUUUAUCAAAUGCUGUUGGUGUUAAUUUUGAUACUUAUUCAAAAUUAAUUUCAAAUACUCAUGGUUUUCUUAGAAUUAUUAAAAUUGAAACAAAAUCUCAUCCUCCUACUUCUAAUAUAGAACUUUAUUUACAAACUUUAAUAACUUAUUGUCCUAGAAUUGAGGUUGUACCAAUUUGGUUGGCCAGACGUCAAUCUUUAGAUAAUUUUGAUAAUUUUUUGGUUUCUUCUAAUGAAUUAAAAAUAAUUCAAAUUGAAUUAAAAGAACCUAAUGAUAAUACUAUUAAUAGAGAAACUGUAUUAGCGAAACCUAUUUUUGAAUUAUUGGCUACUAGAGCUAAUCAUGAAUUAAAGAAAAUUUAUUUAAGAGGAAGAUGGAGUUUUAAUCAUAUUGAUCUUCAAGAAUUUUUUGAAAUGUGGAAGGGAAGAAGAUAUUUAACUUUUCAUUUUGAUAACGAAUUUUAUUCUUAUUAUAUUGUUAAAAUUUGUGAAGAAUAUUAUAAACAAGGUGUUAUUAAUGGUGGUACUAUUAAUUAUACGUCAAAGGUAUAAAAAAGUGAUUGGGAUGGGACGGGAACGGGAACGGGAACGGGAAGGGAAGGGAAGGAAGAAUGAAUUUUUUUUAUGAACAUUUAAAACCAUUUUUAUUAAAAUAUAUAUAUAUAUGUAUAUAUUGUAUAGAAUAAAAUUAUAUGUAUAUAUAUAUUUUUUUUAAAAAAAAAA